GCCGCGCCGGGGAGAGGCGGGCGAGUCGAGCGCCGAGUCGAGGCGGGGCCGUGGCGCGGCGUGGUGACGUCUCGUCGCGCGACGGCGGCGGGGAUGGCGGCGGCGCGGCAGGGCAGGCCGGGCCCGCCGGCGGGGAGCGCGGCCCGGGGCCGCCGCACCAAGCGGCCCUGGAGGCCCGUGUCGCUCCGCGGCGCCUUGGGGAGCGUCCAGGAGGGACAAGGAUUUGCAUUUCAGAGGAAACAAAAGAUCCAAAGAGAAUACAGAAAACUAUUAAAAAGAGAAAGAAAGAUUGAGACGCAACUGGAUAGUCAGUUUACUGAUACUUAUCCAGAACACUUGAAACAUCUCUACCUAGCUGAAGAAGAGAAGCUUAAGAAAAGGCGCAAGGCUACAAAUGACUCAGUUUUGUCAGAAGAAAAACUUAAUAAAGCAGUAAAGCCAGUUACGACUGAAAGGAAGUUUAAGAAGAAGACAUCCAAUCAGAAGGCAAAAGAGGAGUAUGAGAAAAUAAAAGCUGAACGUGCCAGGAAGAAAGAGGAAGCUGAAAAAAGAAAACAACAAAGAGAAGAAGCUCAACGGUUGUACAAGCAAAAGAAACUAGAAGCUUAUAAAAUAUUGAGUAAGAAGACCAAAAAAGGACAGCCAAAUCUAAACUUGCAAGUGGAAUUUCUUCUUCAGAAGAUACAACAAAAUACAUAAACCUCUGCACACACCUUAUGUUAGCAAUGAACUAAUUGCAUGUUUUUUGUUGCAUAUGGAUAUUUUAUUAAAUGACUUUUAUUAAAUAAUAUCUUUACACUUCUA